GGCGUCCCGGGUCGGGCGCACGGAGGGCGGCGGAGGUGCGGCCCGAAGCCAUGGUGAUCAUGUCGGAGUUCAGCGCGGUCCCCUCAGGCACCAGCCAGGGCCAGCAGAAGCCCCUCCGGGUGGGCUUUUACGACGUGGAACGGACCCUGGGCAAAGGCAAUUUUGCAGUGGUUAAGCUGGCGCGGCACCGAGUCACCAAAACGCAGGUUGCAAUAAAAAUAAUUGACAAGACACGGUUAGAUUCUAGCAAUCUGGAGAAGAUUUACCGGGAGGUCCAGCUCAUGAAACUCCUGAACCACCCAAAUAUCAUCAAGCUUUACCAGGUUAUGGAGACAAAGGAUAUGCUUUACAUUGUCACAGAAUUUGCAAAAAAUGGAGAAAUGUUCGAUUAUCUGACUUCCAAUGGGCACUUGAGUGAGAACGAGGCCAGGAAGAAGUUCUGGCAGAUUCUGUCUGCCGUGGAGUACUGCCAUAAUCAUCACAUUGUCCACCGGGACCUCAAGACAGAGAACCUGCUGCUGGACAGUAACAUGGACAUCAAACUUGCAGAUUUUGGAUUCGGGAAUUUCUAUAAGCCAGGGGAGCCUCUGUCCACGUGGUGCGGGAGCCCCCCCUAUGCAGCUCCCGAAGUCUUUGAGGGGAAGGAGUAUGAAGGUCCCCAGCUGGAUAUCUGGAGCCUCGGCGUGGUGCUGUAUGUCCUGGUCUGUGGCUCCCUCCCUUUCGAUGGACCCAACCUGCCUACGCUGAGACAGAGGGUGUUGGAGGGUCGCUUCCGCAUCCCCUUUUUCAUGUCCCAAGACUGUGAGACACUGAUCAGACGUAUGCUGGUAGUGGACCCCGCCAAACGCAUCACCAUCGCCCAGAUCCGCCAACACCGAUGGAUGCAGGCUGACCCCACCCUCCUGCAGCAGGACGACCCCGCCUUCUCCAUGCAGGGCUACACCUCCAACCUGGGUGAUUACAACGAGCAGGUGCUGGGUAUCAUGCAGGCCCUCGGCAUCGACCGGCAGAGGACGAUAGAGUCUCUGCAGAACAGCAGCUACAACCACUUUGCUGCCAUUUACUACCUCCUGCUCGAGCGCCUCAAGGAGCAUCGAAGCACCCAGCCCUCGUCCCGGCCCACCCCUGCGCCUACCAGACAGCCCCCGCUCCGAAGCUCAGACCUCAGCAGUCUGGAGGUUCCUCAAGAAAUUCCCCCAUGUGACCCUUUCCGGCCCUCUCUGCUGUUCCCGCAGCCCCAGGCCUUGGCUCAGUCUGUCCUGCAGGCUGAGAUAGACUGUGAUCUCCACAGCUCACUUCAGCCCUUAUUUUUCCCCCUGGAUACCAACUGCAGUGGAGUGUUCCGGCACCGAUCCGUCUCCCCCAGCAGCCUGCUAGACACAGCUAUCAGCGAGGAGGCCAGGCAGGGUCCCGGUUUGGAGGAGGAGCAGGAGGUCCAGGAACCCCUGCCCGGCAGCACAGGCCGGAGGCACACACUGGCUGAAGUCUCCACCCAUUUCUCCCCGCUCAACCCUCCUUGCAUAAUUGUCUCCUCCUCUGCCACGGCGAGUCCCUCGGAAGGAACUAGCUCCGACAGCUGCCUCCCCUUCUCUGCUAGUGAAGGCCCCGCGGGGCUUGGUGGUGGCCUGGCCACCCCAGGGCUUCUGGGUACCAGCUCUCCAGUCAGAUUGGCCUCGCCCUUCCUGGGAUCCCAGUCAGCCACCCCUGUGCUCCAGACUCAGGCAGGUCUGGGCGCAGCUGUCUUACCUCCUGUCAGCUUCCAGGAGGGACGGAGAGCGUCAGAUACCUCUCUCACUCAAGGGCUGAAGGCCUUCCGGCAGCAGCUGAGAAAAAAUGCGAGGACCAAGGGGUUCCUGGGACUGAACAAGAUCAAAGGAUUGGCCCGCCAGGUGUGCCAGUCCUCCCUCCGAACUCCCCGGGGAGGGAUGAGUACCUUCCAUACCCCGGCCCCAAGCUCAGGCCUGCAAGGCUGUACAGCCAACAGUCGGGAGGGCCGGAACCUGCUUGAAGAGGUGCUGCACCAGCAGAGGCUGCUCCAGUUACAACACCACACAGCCACCUCAUCUGGCUGCCAGCAGGGCCCUCAGCUGUCCCCCGUCCCCUACGUGCUCACUCCCUGUGAUGGCCUCCUCAUGUCUGGAAUCCCACUGCUGCCUACGCCCCUCCUCCAGGCUGGCAUGUCCCCUGUGGCGUCUGCCGCGCAGCUCCUGGAUGCCCACUUGCACAUCAGUGCUGGCCCGGUGGCCCUCCCCACUGGGCCUCUGCCACAGUGCCUCAGCAGGCUGUCCCCAAGCUGCGAUCCCACUGGGCUGCCACAGGGGGACUGUGAGAUGGAGGACCUGACCUCUGGCCAGCGGGGGACAUUCGUCCUGGUACAGUGAGGGUGGCUCUGCCGCAUCCCCCUCCCCACUCCGCCGUGGCCGACUGACUCUUCCAAGCAAUAAUUACAGAGUAUGUGAAGAUGGUUUCUGGACUCAAACGCCAAGAACUCUCUAGACGUGAAACAAGCAAUAUGUUUGGUGUAUGGGCUUUUUAGGAUUUUUUUUUUAUUUUUUUGUUUUUGUUUUUGUUUUUUUUCCUUGCACUGAGUGACCUCAAUGAUAAGUAGGGACUGAAACUUUCUGAAGAAAAAUAAUAAUUGACAGUAUGUCAUGUGGGCGGGAUGAUGGGGGAGAAGGACAAUGAGAGGAGAGAGGCCCUCGAAGCUGGGGUGAAGGAGAAGAGGGGCCACGCUGCUCAGGGACCUACACUCCUGUUCACAGUCCCGUCCGUCACUGUAACGUGACAAGCUUGGACAUCCCUGGAGUGGGCAGCUCGUUCUGUGGCUCAUACCUGUGAGUCAGUUGGCAUUGUUUUGGGUUUGAGUUCAUGGCUCUCCACUUCUGAAGCGCUCGUGCUUCAGGCAGAAACCGUGAACUUGCUGCUUAAGGUGUGGGUUUCAGAAUAGCCAAGCAUCAGCCUAGGGGAAGGAAGACCUGGAGCGAAUUCUUGGAGUGCAUUCUCGGGAUCUCCCCGUCAGCCAGAGGACCGCCUUGUCGUGUCUCAGCUUGAGUUUCUGUAGCUGCUCAAGUCAGUUCGCCGGGCUUAUUCAGAGGACUGGAAAGGGGUAAGGACCGUGGUCACUUGGGCCAGAGCCCCUCACAGCGCAAGGAAGCCGAGAAGUUCCUUCCUGCCUCGUACCUCGACUCUGCUGCUAAUUAUCAGAUUUUUACGCAUUUCAUUAUCAGGGUCCCGCAAGAACACCUGACUUGGGGAAAAUGUGCAAUACCAAGAGGAUGUGACCAGAGGGACCCAGGAAGCCAGCGGGCAUCUUGGUUAUGACCACCUUGCCCUUGGUCUGGGACCUUUCCUGGUAAAAGCAUACCCCCUCCCCAGCCCCCCAGGCCUGGGCUCUGUCUGGCUUGCUUUCCAGGAAGAUCAUAAGUAUAGGUCAGUGUUUGAAAAGUUUCUUUUUAAAGCAAAUACUGUACAUGUAUAUAAAUAGGAGACAGACACUACUUAUUUUUUUCUAUUUUGUAUACACUUUUGUGUUCCUGGCUUAAAAACCUCCCUUGGUCACAUUAAGAAGUUGUCCCCAUGUUUAUGGUGAAAGGGCCGUAGGCUGCCCACCUCCAGCACAAGGUAGAGAUGUCAGGGAAGGAGUGGCCCCACCUGACAAGUUUACCUGGGCAGGUAAGGCCCAGGCAACAGCUGUGCCAUCCAAACACCUCUGGAAGGAACCAGGGAUGUCAACCCUUCCGACUCGUUCCACGUCAGGCAUCUGUCCCUCUGCCUCCCGGGUGACUUCCACCACCGCAGCUCACCACGGCAGUAUUAACCUGAGGUCGUUAAGGGAGAGGAAAGGAGACACUUUUCAAAAGCCAAAGAUUGACCGAGUUACCUGAGGCCAGGAAGAGGCAGCACUCAAACCUGAUGUCACAGCGUCGUCCUCCCUGUUGGCCCCAUGGCCCAUCCUAUACCGCUUACCCUCAAAACAGGCGAAGGACCUUUCUUCUGGGUCAGAACCGGUGCCCUCCAUAGAACAAACCAAAAAGUGUCCCUCCUGCCAACUCACCUGAUGUGUGGAUCAGGGAAGCACCCAGUAUCCUGAACAGCCAGCCCUCUUCUCCCACAGUUCCUGUCCGGAUACCACAGAUCAAAGGCCUGGGCACUGCUGUGUGUCAGAAGCGACAAGCACUUUACUUUCUGGCGGUUUUUGUGUCUUCUAGUCGCUGUCGACCCUCUGGGGGACAGAAAUGUCAUGGUUUUUAGUUUUUGGGUUUUUUUGUUUUUUUUUUUGUUUUUUGUUUUUUGUUUUUUUUUUUCGUGUGUGCUGUGUUUUUGUAGAUCCUCACGGCCCUGUACUGGACUGUAAUGGAAUCACCUAUUUAAAGACACUACGUGAUCUCAGAUGUAUAUAAUGGUUUUCUUUUUGGUUUUUUGUUGGUUUUUUUUUUUUUUUUACUAUGAUGGAAUUGUUUCAUUUCUCAUGUUAAUGUGGGACGUAUGCCAAAUGAUUAGUUGCUGUAUUUUUUUUAAUUUAAUAUUUAAAUAAAAUAUUUGGG